AUGGCACUCCUACAAAAGUGCGCCACACCCUCCAACAUAGACGCCCGCCUCCACGACAUCGGCUCCCUCGGCCUCUUCGCCGCCCUCAACCUCCUCGCCUUCGCCCUCGUCUUCCUCUUCGUCGAGGAGACCAAGCUCCGGUCCCUCGAGGACCUCGACCUCGUCUUCGCCGUGCGCAAGCGCGACUUUGUGCGUCACCAGGUCGCUGUCUACCUGCCUUGGCUUUUUUCGUCGGUACGUUUUAUUUCCGUUCAGGAGGGAAUGGGGAAUGGGCCGAGGGUGGGGCAGUUUGGCGGUGGUGGUGGUGGUGGUGGUGAUGUUGAAGGUGGAGGUGGAAAUCGAGGUGUAAGGGCCGGAGAAGGAUUAGGGGUAGGAGUGGGCUGGAACGGGUUCGGUGUCGAUGGCGAUGAUGCGGUGGUGGUGGUUAGUGCCGCUGACGACGAUUAUCGGGCUCCGCCAUCUUUCCCACGCGGACCGUUAGCAUCGUUGGCGUUUGACUCCAAGAUUUCGGAGAACUCGAAUGAUACUACGCAUAGGUAG